AUGUCAUUGGCCCAUCUGGCCAGGGCGGGGACCCUGUGGUCAGUGACCCAGGGUGGGGCGGCGGCUGUGGUCGGCCAGCCACGGUUGUGCCUCGCGCACGCGGCCACUGGGCGAAGCCAGGGCACGGCGAGGCCGGAACGGGGCCGGAGCGGGCGCGUGGGCGCCGGCGCCCGACGCGGCCAGCAGGGGAGGGGGAGGAAAGGGUCGGCGCGUGGCCCGUGGCCGUGGCCGGGGCCGGAGCAGCGGCGUGGCGGGGCGAGGGGACAGGGCGGCGCGGCGGUGCGCGCAGGGGAAGCGCAGACCGCGGUCGGCAGCGAACGCAGUCGAUGCGGGCGAGGCGCGCGACAAGGCGCGCAGGCGCGCGAACAGGGGGAUGCCGGACGGGGCGUGGUACACGGCGCGGCGACGGGAGGAAAGGGAGGAGGUGGGAGGCGGGGCCUCACCGGCGAUGGAGGGAAGAGGGGCGACGUGGCUCGUUGUAGCCGUAGCCGUUCGGGGAGGAGGACGGGGACGCGUGCGUCGACAGAGUCGAGGCGGAGGAGCUCCGGGUGGCGGCGAGAAGCGACGGCGGGGUCGUCCUCGGGCGCUGGGGGUCGGCGGCAGGCGACGGUUCCUCAGGCGCGGUCGCGCGGGCGAGGUGGGGCUCCGGCGCGGCAAGGGAUCGGGCGUGGGUGCUCGGCGCUAUGGAGAACGAGAGGGAGUGGGGGGUCGUGGCGGAGGAGCUCCGGCGAGGCUCCUCCGGUGAACGGCGACGGCGAUGGCGGUGCGGCGUCGCGACGAGACGGCACCGAGCGGCGGCGGUGA